AUGCGGUUGCCAGCCACUAGUCGAGCCCUGCGCGCCAGCAGUGGUCGAUGGUCAAUCGCCGCCCGACCAACCAUCGUCCCGCGCUCGAUCCCAAUUCCAUCGAGACCGGCUUUCUCGCUCCGCGAAUGGAGCUCAACCCCAACUCGCCGGAUCCUAUCCACCGCAUCUCCCCAGAAAACCCAAAAGUCGACUCUGAAAAUCGAAGAUGAGACCCACAAAACAGACGAAUGGACCAACACCCCCGACACAAUCCUGUCCCACGUUGGACGCCGUCUCUACCUCGAUGAAAACCACCCUCUCGCCAUAACCCGCCAGCUCAUCGAAAGUCAAUUCACCGGCCCAGACUUCGGAAACUACUCCGAAAAGAAUCCUGUCGUUUCAACAAAGAACAACUUCGACGUCCUAGGUUUCCCAGAGGAUCACCCCGGCCGUAGCCGCACAGAUACAUACUACGUGAACGAUAAGACGGUGCUACGCACCCACACCAGCGCACACCAGCGCGCGUAUUUCCAGCAGAUUGCCCGGAAUGAAAAGACACGCCCCGAUGAAGUCGGAUACACAAUUAUCGCGGACGUCUACCGUCGCGACGCUAUCGACCGCAGCCAUUACCCCGUCUUCCAUCAGAUGGAGGCCGCAAGGUUGUGGAAGCGGCCAGAUACGAACCCUCUUUCUGCGUCGAAGGAAACGACUGCUAUGAUCAUGGCCGAUCUGGAGAAACUCCCAAGCCAUGACGUCGUUGUUGAGGACCCUAACCCGACUCUCCAUGACCAGCGCAAUCCGUUGCAGGAUAAGCAUCACAGUGUCGAGGAGGUCGAGGCUGUGGCUGCGCAUUUGAAGCGCUCGCUCGAGCUCAUGGUCAUCAAGAUCUUCACUGAAGCAAGCAAGGCUGCUAGCAAAGGCGGUGCUGAGGUGGAGCCUUUGAAGGUCCGCUGGAUCGAGGCUUAUUUCCCUUUCACUAGUCCUUCUUGGGAACUUGAAGUCUUCUGGCAGGGUGACUGGCUUGAGAUCCUGGGCUGUGGUGUGAUCAAACAGGAUCUACUGAUCAAUUCAGACGUUCCGAAUCGAAUGGGGUGGGCGUUUGGUCUUGGCCUCGAGCGCAUCGCCAUGCUUCUUUUCAAUAUUCCUGACAUCAGACUAUUCUGGUCUAAGGAUGCGCGAUUUUUGUCGCAGUUCCGGGCGGGUGAGAUCACGCGGUUCGAACCUUUCUCAAAGCAUCCGGCAUGUUACAAGGAUGUGGCCUUCUGGUUGCCUCCUGCUGCUGUGACGGGUGGCAGCGCUGCUGGUGGAGCGGUGCCGUUCCAUGAGAAUGAUGUUAUGGAGAUUGUUCGUGGAAUUGGUGGUGACCUUGUUGAGGAUGUUACUCUGAUUGAUGAGUUUACACAUCCCAAGACUGCACGUAAGAGCAUGUGCUACCGUAUCAAUUACCGCAGCUUGGAGCGUACUCUGACCAACGAGGAGUCUAAUGAGCUGAAUCUCAAGGUUCGGGAGAAGUUGGUUGAAGAGCUUGGUGUCGAGUUGAGGUGA